AUGUGGAGAGCAGCUGUUGCUGCUGCCUCCCGAUCCCAAGCCUUCGGGGGGCCCCCCCCCCGAGCAAGAAGCUUGACGCUUCUUAGGAUUGGCGCCUCUACUGCUGCAGCAGCCGAAUCAGCAGCGCCACUCGACGCAUUAGGCUGCGCUUACUGUGCAAAUGGGAGGCUUAGAUCGCGGGGGGAGUGGCUUGCAACGGGGGAAGCCUCGCUGUUGCAGCGAGGCUUCCCCCGUUGCAAGUACGUGCAGCGGCAGCAACAUCGAGGCCUAGCAACUGAGAGCAUCUCGGCUAUAUUGCGGCAAAUGGAGAGGGAACCCCGCAGCUUGCAGCUGGGGAAGCUGGGGAGUGGAACCGAAGGCCUCGUUGCUGCCGCAUCAGGAAGCCUGCUGCUUUGUGAGGGCCUCGCAGCGGCUCGCCUGGGGGAUGCGCUAUUCGUGAAGGGCCUCAUCGGGGGGGAUCCCUCCCGAGUGGGAGUCGUGCUCGAGCUGUGGAAGAAGCACGUGCUGGUGGGGCUGCUGCAAGACUUCCCCUCUGGCUCCACAGCACAGGCAGGUAGUAAAGCGACGGGGGAGGGGGGCUUUGCGCAGAGGAGGGGCGAAGCUGCGAGCUCCAUAGAGGAGCUGCUGCAACAACUGCAGCGGCAGCAGCUGCAAGCGCAAGACAUGCGGGAGACGGCGCUGUGCAGCCUGGUGAACAGCCCUAUCGGGUUUCCCGACGGCAGCGCUUGCAGCGUCAGGGAGGUUUGGGGGGACUGCAGUGUGUCGGUAGAGGUGCUCUCGCCAGCUGCAGCGCUUCUGCAGCUGCAUCAGGAGGCAGCAGCAGCAACUGCUGCUGCUGCGGAGCAGCUGUACAGGCCUCCUCCUGCGCUGCAGCUGUGGCGAGCCUGUAGCACACGUCAGCGUCGGCGGGGAGGAGAAGGCUCGCAGAGUGCAAGCUGCACCCACUACCAAAGGCCGCCUCUGCUUUUAUCCGGAUGGGCACCUCUCGAUGCGUUGUUGCCGGUUGGCGCAGGAGAUGUGGUGCUGUUGCAUGGCCCUUUCAGAUCAGGAAAGACAUCGCUGAUGCUGCACAGUGUGGCCUUAUGGCUGCAGCAGCUAGCCGUGGAGGCAGCAACGGAUCAAGUCGCAGGAACAGCCCCCACGUCAGACUCCGCAGCUCCAACAGCGGUUCUGGUGCUGUUAGGUCUUUCGGGGUAUUCCCUUGCACAGCAGCUUCGUUCGCUGCGCGCUGCCUUUGCUGCAGCGCGGCAGCAGAUGCAGCAGAUACAGAUGCGGCAGAUGCGCUCUCAGCAGAUGCAGCUGAAAGUGUUGUACGUUGCACCUGGGGAGGAGGCAUGCGUCUCAGCCUUUGUUGCUCCCCUGUUGGGGCUUCGACUGGCGCAAGUACUGCAGCGCAGGCAUAAGGGUCGGAAGGGCGGUGCAGCAGUGCUUUUGGCAGCCGAUGGGUUGCAUGUGCAAGCUGCUGCAGCAGCAGAGGUAUCCAAUUCGUUGCAGCAGCUUGCGCCAGCUGGAGAGGCAACCCUGAGAGGACCCCUCUGUUUUCCGCAUUCAAUGUAUGGGCUACUUGCCAGUGACGAAGAGGGCACUCUUGCGGCGGCAACACCAGCAUCAUCAGCGCAGCAUGAGGAGGCACACGUGCAACCUCUGACGAGAAUCUUCUGCGUCGAUACCGAAGGAGACGAAGAAGACGCAACUGCUACUACGAGGAUAGCAAGCAGCUUCUCUGGGGCCUCUGCAGUGACUGCUUUGGCUUCGCUUUCCAACGCAUGUGUCUCGUUGAGGAGCGGUAAGAGCAGCAGCAUCAGGCGAGGCAGCGCUGGAGCCUCGGUGCCUUGUGUGGAUUGGAGCAAGUUGUUGCAGCAGUCGCCGCAGCGGGUGCUGGCAGACGCAUUCUCCUCUCUUAGCAGCUGCUGCUUCUCCCCCGCGUUCUCUAAUGCUGCAGCUGCCUCGGAGACUGUGCAGCUGCAUCAAGCAGCCGUCGCUGCUGCGGAGGCGCUUGUUCGAGUGAGUCGCAGCAGCAGCCCCUCCAGCAGGGCAGCAGCACAGCCGCUGCUGCUGCGCAUUGCUGCGGCCGCCUUCCUGUGGCAGCAGCACCAACUGCAGCAAGAAGGAGAGAGACAGCACCUCCUGAAGCAGCUCCGGCUGCAUGUGGAGGACCACGAAGCAGAAGAACUUCGCAGUUUGCGACUUGCCGCUGCCGUUGUCGCUGUUCAGCAGCGCCAGCCGCCGCUGUAUCGCAGCUUGCCCGAGCAGCUCCUGCUGCUUCGUGCUGCAGCCUUUUACUUCUUUGACCCCUUCCACGAUUCUUGCAGCAGCAGCACCAUAAGCAUUGCGAAAAAAGCGGCUACGUUCAGCGAACAGCUGCUGCAGCAGUUCCCGGCUACUUACCCGUCGCUGUGGACUGAGCUGCAGCAACAUCUGCACGGCUUGCACAGCCUCGCUUCAGAAGGGCUGGCAGGGGAGGCCUCCACCACACUGCAGCAUCGCUGCAGCCCCCGGGAGGCGGCUGUUGCUGCCCUCCUCCUGCUGCGGCGCAUCGAUGAAGCUCUCUUCUCUUUAAGAGAAAGCUUCAGUCUAACGCGCACUCUUCCGUAG